CGUACAUAUGCUUUAGCAUUACAAUUUAUUCAAGAAAGAAUGAAUUCGGUUAAACAUAAAAUACUUAUAUUAUCUGGUAAAGGAGGGGUUGGUAAAAGUACUUUUACGGCGCAACUUGGAUUUGCCUUUGCUAGUGAAGAAAGUGUUCAGGUUGGAGUAAUGGAUAUUGAUGUAUGUGGACCAUCAAUUCCAAAAAUCAUGGGGUUAGAGGGUGAACAAGUUCAUCAAAGCUUAUCAGGAUGGUCGCCAGUUUAUGUACAAGAUAAUUUAGGUGUUAUGUCAAUAGGAUUCAUGUUAUCAGACCCAGAUGAUGCAGUCAUUUGGCGUGGACCCAAGAAAAAUGGGAUAAUCAAACAAUUUUUAAAAGAUGUAGAUUGGGGAGAUUUGGAUUUUAUGCUGGUUGAUACACCACCCG